AUGGACUUCAAUUUCACCGGCAGCCGCCCCGUACGCCAGAUCAACCUCGGCGGUCAGUCCGGCCACGGUCAGAGCGCAGCACAGCUCGCAGCAGCUGCACGCGCAGAACGCGCAGCAAGGGAACUCACACGCAAGCGAAACGCCGCAGCCGCCCUCAUCCAGUCGAGCUUCAGGGGCGCAAGAGUGGCAAGGUCCCUCCGACACGACCUCGCCGCUCGCUUCGACUCGCUCGCAAACGACCUCCAACACAACCUCUCCCAGUCCGCUACCCUCGAUCGCCUCGACCUCCAGCGCCAGGCCGUACAGCUCACACGCCUCCUCAUCUUCUCCAUCGGCCGCACCGACAAGCGCUACAGCCACGACGACGCCCAACGCCUCGCCACCUGGUGCCGCAUCGUCACCCCAACCGCGGCUGCCGUGCAUGCUCCUCUCCUGGUCCUCAUUCUCACCCACUCGGCCACGUCGCCCGCCCCAGAUCAGCUCGAGGCCGAUCGCCAGUCGGUCUCGCUCGUCCUCCUCGUAUGCAGGCAGCUCCUCGCCCACAUCGCCCAAUACGCCCUGACGCUGCCAUCCCAGUCGACGCUCGCUUACUUUGAUCUCCUCAGCCUACUCGCCUCGACAGACGCCUCCAGCCCGCUCGCAUCGCUGGCGCUGCUGCCCACACCAUCCGGCGGGCCAGCGGCCCAGGCAGGGCGGCAGUCGUUCGUCGAGCUCGCCCUCGACCGUCUCCUGGACCUCGACCUGCAUCGCUCCCUGCAGCGCUUCGUCCUCUCCUUCCCCGUCGAUCGCAAGGCGUCGCCCGCCAUGGCCUCGGCCGUGUCCCUCUCCCUCGCCCCUUUCCGCGUGUUCAGGUCGCAACCGGCUGUGCCCAAGGACGGAUCCGCUCCCGCCGCCGCCAUCGUCGUCGUCGACGACGACCACACGGCCCACGACGACGUCGUUCCGCCGAGGCACAAGGCGGUCCGCUCCUUUUGCGUCUCAAUCAUGACAAUCCCGCUGCUGGCCAACCGCGUGCCCCUGCCCUCGGUCACCGAGUUCGCCGCCGCCUUCCCCUUCAUGGACGUGCUCGAACACAUUCUCGCCCUCGGCUCCUACAUCAGCGUCGCGACGGGUGACAGUGCGCUGGACGACAACCCGCUGCACUCGCCCUACUUCCUGGCCAAUCUCCUCACGUUCGGUACGGGCAGGCUCACCCACCUCAAGGACGGCAAAGCCAUCCGUACCUACCUCGAGGCGCUCACCAUAGCCCAAGACGCGCUCCCCAGCCAGGUCUUUCUCAGCCCGGCCGAGUGGAAGGAGCAGGCCAGGAGCGGCAACGGCGGAAGCACUUUCCCUGCCGACUUUGGGCAUCAUGGCGACGACGACGAAGAUGGCGGCGACGGCGACGGCGGUGCUGGGAUGCCUUCCUCGUCGUCGGCCAGGACAGGUCAGCUGGGCCUUCAGGACGUCGUCAUGUCUGACGGCUCUGCCGCACGAGCGUCGUCCUCGACAGCGGCCAGCCGCACCGUCACUCAGGCGGCCGCAGCAUCGCCCUCGCCCCGGAUCCCCGCCUACACUCUGCCCCUGGACGCGCAGACCAACAAGCGGCUCUCGGCAGUGGUGUCCGAGUCUCACCUCUCGGCGCUGCUGACGGCGUCGGGCCGCUUCCCCACCUCGACGCGACAGGCACUCUGCAGUUUCCUCUGCUCCACGCUCACGGCCUGGCCGGCGGCGGGGCGCGAGAGGGUCUUCAACACCAUCAUGUACGGCUACGUGCAGCCGGCGAGAUCCGCCGAGGCGGCGGCCGCAAAGACGGCGAGCGGCUCGCUCCAGGCAGCCAAGGGAGGCGCCGGCCAGCUCGUCGGCGGCUUCGUGAGGGAGCUCUGGCGCGGACAGAUCCGCGGCAACCCUCUCGCCCGCACCCUGGCAGCCGCCCGGCAUGGCAGCGGCACGCGCGAGACGCUCGCGACCCUAUCGGACGCCGGCCACAGCUCGGAAUGGCCCGCCUUUGUGCUGAUCUGCGAGCUCUACUCGCGCUGCCUGCUGACGAUCGGCGACGACGAGUUCUACCCGCCCAGCUCCUCGGUCUCUGGGUUGGGCGGUGGGCCCGCCAUGGCCUCGCGCGACGGAGCCUCGUCGAGGAACCCGCUCACCCUCGACGAGGUGGUGAGCCUCAGCGCCAUCCUGCGCAACCUCGCCUUUGCCAUGUACUGGUACGAGGGCUCCGGCCCGCUGGCCAACCUCGACGGCGAUGACGGGCGGCCCGCGGGAUCGGGCGUCGCUGCCCCUUCCGCCUCGUCGCGCUCGCGGAUCGUUCCGAGGGUGCCGGGCAUGAAGCUGCCGCUCCUAUCGCUGCGCAACCUGCUGACCAAGCUGCUGCAGCAGCUGCACGCGCGCGACUCGCGGCGGCGCUUCACGCCCGACGACCACUGGCUUAUGGUGUCGCAGCUCGACCUGCAGAGCUUCAUCCAGACCGUCAUCCUCGAAGAGAGGGAGCUCAACGGCGCCCCGCAUCAGUCGAUGCCCCCAUCGGAGCUCGAAGCGGACGCGGAGCGAUCGCGUUCCCCUCGCAACGGCACCAACGGCCGAACGUCGGACCGAGAUGCCCGGGGCGGCGACGAUGGCGACGACGGCGACGACGACGAUGAUGGACGCAUCCCGCCGCUGCCGGUCGCCGAACGGCUGCGGACGCGGCGCGGCCAGACGAGCAAGCUCUCGGCGCGCAACCUGGCCUUCCUCAGCCCGCGGCUCGGCGUGCUCAACAACAUCCCCUUUGUGAUCCCGUUCGACGUGCGCGUCGAGAUCUUCCGCCAGUUUGUCGACAUCGACGCCCAGAAGCUCGGGCUGGCGCGGACGCCGUUUUACGCGCGGCAGCGGAUCAAGGUGCGGCGCGGCAUGAUUGCCGAGGACGGCUUCGCCCAGAUGAACCCGCUGGGCCCCCGGCUCAAGGAGCGCCUCGAGAUCGCCUUCAUCGACCAGUGGGGUCACGAGGAGGCGGGUAUCGAUGGCGGGGGCGUCUACAAAGAGUUCUUGACGUCGCUGGUGCGCGAGGCGUUCGACACGAACCGCGGGCUGUGGAAGGCGACCGAUGCGCAGGAGCUGUACCCGAACCCGCACAGCUACGCCAAGACGCCCGACCAGCUCGAGUGGUACACGUUCCUGGGGCGGGUGCUGGGCAAGGCGCUGUACGAGGGCAUCCUGGUCGACGUCAAGUUUGCGAGCUUCUUCCUGAGCAAGUGGCUGGGCAAGCAGGGCUACCUCGACGACCUGGCGAGCCUCGACAGCCUGGACAAGGAGCUCUACCGGGGCCUCAUCUACCUGAAAAACUACGGCGGCGAUGUCGAGGCGGACCUGGCGCUCAACUUUACCGUGACCGACGACGAGUUUGGGGUGAGCAAGACGACGGAGCUGGUGCCCGGCGGCAGCGAGGUGCCCGUGACGCGCGAGAACCGGCUCGAGUACAUCUACCGCGUAUCGCACUACCGCCUGUCGGUGCAGAUCGCCGAGCAGUGCCGGGCGUUUUUCCUGGGCCUGUCCGAGAUGAUUGACCCGCGCUGGCUGCGCAUGAUGAACCGCGAGGAGCUGCGGGUGCUCGUGUGCGGCACCGAGGAGCCGAUUGACGUGGCCGACCUGCGCGCCAACACCGUCUACGGCGGCUACCACGAGCGCGACGUGGCCGUCGACUACUUUUGGCAGGCCCUCGAGUCGUUUGACCAGCCGCAGCGCAAGGCCUUUCUCAAGUUUGUCACCAGCUCGCCCAACCCGCCGCUGCUGGGCUUCGCCGAGCUCAACCCCAAGUUUUCCAUCCGCAACGCCGGCCCGGACGCCACGCGGCUGCCUACGGCCAGCACCUGCGUCAACCUUCUCAAGCUGCCCGAGUACAACGACGCAGAGACGUGCCGCCAGAAGCUCGUGUAUGCCAUCCAGAGCGGUGCCGGCUUCGACCUGUCGUAG